AUGCCCAAUCUACCGAUACUCAACGAACCACCUAUCAACAAUGCGGGGUCAUCGUCAUCCGCCCCUUCUUCUCCCAGACCUGAAUCACCCAACCCAGACCCAUCAAAACCUCGUAGGAGGGGGUCUCAUGGGCGACUGGCAAAGCUGAUAGCUCCCGGAAGAUCAAGGAGUACUUCCAACGCAUCUCAGAUAAGUGUGAAUCAGGAGGAUACUCAUAGUGCUGGAUCAAGCGGAAGGACGACGCCCGAGCUCAGACGCAGGGCAGGUAAAGCUGCUACGACUUCUCUCCUGGCCAGUGAUGCAAAGUACAAGAAAUACGCUCAGCUGGUGGACAAGAGCUUACAAGCUUUUGAAAGUGUGAACGAAUGGGCGGAUUUCAUUUCAUUCCUGUCGAGGUUGUUAAAGACCCUGCAAUCGCCUUCACCACCAUAUCCUGAGAUACCUAGAAAGCUCAUCGUAUCAAAACGUCUUGCACAAUGCUUGAACCCCGCUUUACCUGCCGGUGUCCAUCAGCGAGCGUUGGACGUGUAUGCCUACAUCUUUAAUAUAAUAGGGGUAGAAGGGCUAAAGCGAGACCUUCUGAUAUGGUCGUCGGGCCUCUUCCCUUUCUUCCAAUAUGCUACCACUUCUGUGCGACCUCUUCUCAUUAACAUCUAUGAAACAUAUUAUCUACCUCUAGGCUCAGAACUUAGACCAGCAACUAAAGCUUUAGUAUUGGCCUUGCUCCCUGGGAUGGAGGAGGAGACUGGUGACUUCUUUGACAAGAUCUUGUCUCUCCUUGACAGAGUCUCAGAGGCCAUCACACCUUCAUGCUUUCUCAAAAACAUAUUCCUCAUUCUCAUAUCCUCCCCUCAAUCCCGUCUCUCAGCACUCAAUUACCUUUCUCGACGACUCCUCAACCCCCCGGAACAAGGAGACUCUGAUGUUGGCCUGAUGAUCCGCGGCGUCUCAGCUGCAUUGGGAGAUGAGAAUGUACUUGUCAGAAGGCACGGGCUGGAUUUGCUUUUGAGGAUACUAAAGUUGCAUGAACCGCUUUUGAAAGAUGCCGAUCGGAAUGAUCAAGAAAUCUUGGUGCGUGCUGCUAGUGGAGUCCUCCUGCAGAGAGAGUUAUCUUUGAGCAGGAGGGUCUAUACUUGGCUCCUUGGCACAGGAGAAGUGUCGGCGGAACAAAUUGCGUAUUUCAGAGAAAAUGGCCUGGAACUUCUCUCAUCAACACUGCAAAGCGACAUGGAACGUCUCAGUACUACCACGGACGGGUCAGAUGCUCAAAGACCAUUCAAGAUCUUCCUGUCCUUUUUGGACAAAUGGGAAGUCGGUGCAGCCCUGUCCGAGAGACUGGCGAUUCCAGCUUUACGAGCGAUCAAGAACGCCACUUCGGCCUCGACGGACGUUCUACCAGAAGAGGUGAUUGGCACUGCGCUCGCUGUUUAUGAGGCCAUUGAGCCUAUCAUUGGCAUUCAACUGGUGCAAUGGCUCAUAUCUGCUGUACCUCAACAUGACGAAGAAGUCAACUCCGUUCAUAUACCGGUAUUACUUGAUUUGAUUCUAGGUGCCAUCGCGUCAAACACCCUCACAGAAGAUGCCUCAAGAGACGCUUUUCGCCUAGCAGCUGGCCUACUACACCUCAUCCCUUUAAAUGCAGCCUCAAGGGACUCCUCGACCGACGAUAAGCCUGUGUCUGAAGGACCGUCUGUGCCGGAGAUGUUGUAUCAAUCGGAUGGACAGCCCAAUGUCGCUCACGAAAGGAUCAAUACAAAAGUCCUCCCUCAUAUAACCGUCCUCGCUUUCGACAUCUGUCAUAACGCUUUGCUCAAUCAUUCCAAGGAGCCUGAGAGUUUGUUAGAUGCAGUUAACAUAGUGAUAGCUUUGCUGGAUAACGAGGUACCCACCUUAGACCUAGUAGAUGGAGAGAAUUGGCUCUCUGGGCUUGUGCAAGCGCUCUCAAAGCUAUUUCGGUAUCUCCGCCCUGAUGCUGCACCGUACCAUAUCCGAGCUGUAGAGCUUUUGUGGGAGUACAAUCAGAUGGCGGAACCUCAUACACUCGAGAAUGUCAUUGCUCGGAGAAUGGCGGAUAGACCGCUCAACAGUGCAACCUUCGAUGCUUUUGGGAUCCUGUGGCGUUUGACGGACGAUACAAUGUUACCCGGAGAAAUGUUCAACAUCCCUAUCAGUAUGGUGCUCGAUGCAUUGCGAUCAUCGGAUCCAGAAGUUCAGCGACAAGCGGAAACAUGGAUGCGACUUAAUCUACGAUCAUACUUUCGGGUGCUUGAUCCUAUCAUCACUCGUCUACUUGACCCAGAUGUUCGAUAUCACGAGGACACAUACGCUACACCAGUAGACUUGAGCCUCCUAUGCCACCUGGUUGACAAUAUCUCGAUUUUGUUCAAAUUCGGCGGCCAAGGGCUGAGUAAAGCUUGCCAUUCGACUGAAAUCAGACAGACUAUCCACUCUACCCUGGUCAAAAGAGUGGAAGCAUCGUUGCCCAAUGCUGUCACCUACCUGGAGGUAAUGGUCGCUUUGUUGAUCAGAUUCAUGACUACGGAAGCUUCUCAAGCGAUUCGCGAAGCUGCCCCGCCGAUCAUACGACUUCAAGCUUCGGCUAUUGAACUUUUGCAAACGAUCGUUUCACGUGGAGAUGUAUCUCAUAAUCAGCUCGCUAGUAUCAAAACGUCUCUUGUCAUCAAGCUCUCCUCUGCGGUAGAACAUAAGCGGAUGACCUUACAGAGCAAGCUACUUCAUCUACUUCAUUCGGCGUUCAGCGCAUCUUCGGCGAGCAAAUCAUUCAACCACCGUCGAUCUCCAUCUCUGAACGAAAAGUUCUAUCAAUCUCCUACAGAUUCCGAAUUCGAACUCAAUCUAGUCAAACUCGCAAUCGAAGCUGUACUGUCAACUAGUAAUUUGCCAGUCUUACAACAUUGGGUGGACUUUGUCUUGAUGACAUUACCUCAGCUAUCGACAGCUCGGACUGGUCUUCUACAAGCUUUAUCGGAAUGUUUCGCUCAGCAGUUGCGGUACUUGUCAACCCAUAUUGACAGCGUGUAUAUCCGCUGUGAAGCCUCGGUCAAGGAUGAAAAGCUUUUAGUCACCGACGCGGAGGUAAUCAUGAUACUCAAUGCGAUGGAACGAGUUCUGAUACUGUUGUCCUCUGGACCUGGAGUCAAGCAUGAUGAUCUGGGUAAACAAGGUGAAGGUGAAAAAGGUCUUUUGGGCUUGAUGUCAGGUGUAUUCACCGUGGAGGCACCAACGGACGAAUCGGCGAAGACCGAAUACCCAAGGUACCUUGAUGAUGCUAUACAUGCCCUAUUGCUUUCUUGGACAAUUACCAGGUCCACUUCGACUUCGACCACUUCCUCGUCAUCCAAAUUACAGACGUAUGACAGAAUCAGAUCUCGUGUGAAGAAGGUUUUGGAGAAGAUAUUCAAGACUCAACCUCUAGGCGUGAUCACUAGUUGCAUCCAUGUUUGGGCUACGAACUCGAAUGAAAUUACGGAUUUGGCUACGUUCGACUGCGUAGAUACUCUGACGCCCAGCGCACAAAGGCUGGUGGAGAUAGUCUGUGAAGCUGUCGCCGGAAGAUCAGGCAGGACAUCUUCCGAGUUCAGAGCGGACCCUGCAUACCUAGCUUUCCUCGAAGCGUAUAUAUCCCGACUAGAGGCUCCCAUAGCUGUUCAGGUAUGGCCUACGUUAUUUGGAUUCGCCAAGGUUAUCAUAGGAUCUCUUGGAUCGAAUUCGGCUAGAGUCCAGUUAUUCCUCGUUCUCAAAUGUUUGACCGCUUUGAGUUUGAUCGUCUCGAAAACCAGUGCAUUGGAAGAUCGAAGACUACGGAGGGACCUGCAAGACACCUACGCUAAGGUAUUGGACAUGGUAGUCACAAACUCCACCAAGGUAGCAGAAGCUGGGUUGUGGACGCGUAUGAUUGCUGGGACAGCUAGUCCGGGAGAUACCGAGAAGAUUAACGUGGAGAAGGGCCUGGAACAGAUAUAUGGGUUUCUCUCAAUCGCUGUCAUACCGAAUCUUAGACUGUUGCUGGUUGAUACGGAUCGAGUGAACGCCGCGUGCAGUGGUAUGAUGGUGUCGAUUGUCACACCGGUAUUCAGGAAGCAAAAGAUUGAGCCGAGUGUCUUGCGCCUGCUUCUGGAAAUCACCAAAAUCCCCUCGGCACAUAAAACCUGGCGAACUCAGAUAGGAGAUAUAUUCAAUGAUUCUCGAUUCUUCAAACAUAAGAAUGAGGAUGAUAUAGGAUAUUGGAAAACUCUGAUAUGCGGAUUAAUGGAUUCUGAUAAAGAAAGAUUCGCCGAUCUAUUAGGUAAAAUCACUUCAGCAUCUUCAGCGAAUAUAUUUUCCAAUCGAGAACAAGAGAUGCUAGUGAAAUCGCUCAACCUGAGGAGGCUGAGUUUCGUCUUGCUUUCCGCGGAGAACAAUCAUUACCUUGUGCAAUUACCUGCCAUACAGGAGAAACUUGUCGAGUUGCUCAGGAGCAGUCAACUGUCACCUCGAGUACACAGCGAGGUAUAUCUCUGUCUAAGGGUUUUGAUGUGUCGCAUCUCUCCACAACAUCUCACCAACUUUUGGCCAGUCAUCUUAACGGAGCUGCUACGGAUCUUUGAACUCACAAUGGACGAUCCGCCUGAUGAUGGAUCUGAGGCUUUGCAACUCGUAUUGGCAGCUUGUAAAUUCCUGGAUCUGCUGUUGGUGAUACAAUCGGAAGAUUUCCAAGUUCAUCAAUGGAUGUUCGUGACAGAUACUACCGAUGCCGUCUACCCCACUGAGGGGUACGAGCCAGAAGCAUUGAUGGAUUGUUUAGCCAACAUCUUGAGUGAUAAUGACGGUCAUAGAGGUCGAUCAAGUUCAGAUAAAUCACCAUAUGAACCACUUGUGCUUUCAGAACAAUCCGAAAACGGAGCGAGAAAACCUAGAUUAUCUUCUGUUAGAACGCUGAAUAGUAUAUAUGAAUUACAACCUUUCUUCUCUAGGGCUAGUAUCGAUACGUUUGAAGGUGUUUAUGGAGGAGUGGGAGUAGAUUGGGAAGCUGUAGAAGAAGGUUUGAGUGAAGAGAUAUUUGAUAUUUGA